UCGUCUCGUUUUUUUUAAUACAAAUCGAUUUAAGCUGACCAACAUCUCAUGGAGAAAAUAUUCCAUUCUAUAUACAGCUUUUGAUAACAGACUGGCCAAAAUUUCUAACAUGGUUUCAUCAAUUCAAAGUAAACUCAACAGUCAGCAAAGUACUAUGAACGGAUUCCAAACGAAGCAAAGUUCGAUUGAGAGGAAAGUAGAUCGAGGCAUUGCUUUCACCACUCAACUCGAUUUGAAUAAAUCCCUAUAUACUCUAAAAAAGAAUGAAAAAAUUGUUUUUGGUCAUGUAAUCUCCAAUCAUGGAAAUGCUUACGACAGAAAAUCUGGAAUAUUUACUUCUCCGAAGAGUGGGAUAUAUGGAUUUUAUUAUAAUAUCCACACACUAAUUGACAAAUUUGCUUUGGUAGAAUUGACUAGUAAUGGUGACAAAAUCCACUCCCUUGCAUAUGCUGGAAGUCAUUCUUCUGCACCAACAGAUGGCAGCACCUUUGUGGUUCUAUAUCUUUCGAAAGGUGAAAGGGUCUGGUUAAGAGCAGGUAGAGAUUGCUCAAUAGGGGAAACAAUGAAAUAUCAAGAAAAUACCUUUUCUGGGUUUCUUAUUCAUUCCUAUUAGUUUGUUUUCUUAAGUUAUUCUGUCUUUGCUAUUUAAGUUUAAUUUAUUUAUACUGUAUGCGUUAGCAAAAUAAAAAGCACUCAUUGUUCA